UCUGUCCGAUCACCGGCUCCCCACCUCGUCCCUGCUCCUAUUUAGUGCUGUGGCUGACCAUGGAUAGCUGGCUACAUGAGUGCUGAUACUAUUGUGAAUGCCUUAUGGGUGUUGUGUGCCAAGGAUGGUUUACGGAUGUAGGACCAGGGAGCUGUUCUGAUGUCUGUUGCUACUUGCCCGAGGGUGUAGUCCGACACUCCGUCAUGGAAUUCCUGUGGGGCAUAGAACACGACAGGGUGUGCAAGGAAAGGGUCUUCAGAAACUGGCAUGAUCCACUGGAUGUCUACCUCACCAUGAAAUCCUGCACCUUUCGACUCCUUGGUGAUUCUUUUAUGCUCUGGAGCCCACUUCUAAUAACUCCUGAGCCAGACAAGAACUGCAGACAAGCACACCUUCAACAGCCACACAAAGAAGACACGUGGUGAUACAGCAGACAUAUGGGACACUGGAAUCCAGAUGUUUGUACGAGUCAGGCGGCACCCUGCAGUUAAAAAUGCUCAUAAAGUAGUUCCAUGUAUGCAGUUGCACAACAUGUGCAUCCAAAGAAGAAUUCCCUUGAAUGAGCCAUUACUUGAUGAUUGUAACGCCGAAGCUUAAGAAUAUAGAGGAGGCAUCCAAGCUGGACUGGCUUGCUGCAGGGCUGUCAACGAAAAUAUUUUCAUAGGCUUUCUCUCUCUCUCUCUCUCUCUCUCUCUCUCUCUCUCUCUCUCUCUCUCUCUCUCUCUCUCUCUCUCUCUCUCUCUCUCUCUUUAAACUAUUAAACACACAUGUUCAUUGUGGCCUUUGCUAAAGUUAUCUUUGUCGUUUAUAACUAUUUUAUAGCAUUACUGUAUAUGGUAUAAUAAAUAUUAAU